AUGUUAACAGAAUCAAGUUUCAAGUUAAGAUAUGAAGCAGUUAAAUGUCGUGAGCGUGUACAGUUUGGUAAAUAUCAGUUUGUGCAGCCCUCUGAAGUCUUUGUGAUUCCUGACUUAACGCAAUUUAGAACAUCUGAAUGCAAAUCAUCGGUGAUACAAUCUGUAAUUAAAGAAGUACCGCAAGGAAAUAAGAAAACAAAAAUUUCGUCUAAUAUUUCUGACGAAUUUGAUGAUGAUGAGUUAUUAAGGCUAGCAGAUGUAGCAGAGAAUGUUACUCAUGUCACUUUACCCACAACAUCCAAAACCAAGGAUUGGGCUUAUGCUGAUCAAGAAAAGAGCGCACUAGCUAUUUCAAAUCAUUCACGUAAUGAUAACUUUAACAGUCUUGAUUCGGGCGAAGAACUUGAAUUUCAUGAUUCUCCAAGUGACAUUUUUGAUACAGAUAUGGAACCAGAAGAAAUUAUCAAUAACGAAAGGUUUCCUGAUGAAAGCACUAGCAUGGAGCAGAAAAAUUCAAUCGAUGCUUUAACAUUUUCGUUAGACUUUGCAUCUCCAAAAUCUAUAACCAAGCAGAUUGACCCACUACGUAAUCCUGAGAUUUUUGACGAUGGCAUGGAGGUAGAAGCUAAUGAAGAAAUAUGUUCUUCUACUUUGACAACACGUGAAUUAAGCGAUGUACAACUUCUGUCGAAUAAUUCGCAAAAACAGAGACAUGAUAUGCAUGGUCAGUUUAGAGCAUUUUUACAAGAUGAUGGAGAUCAGUUUGAAGAUGAAAAAAAGUUGUUGGGAGAAGAACUGUGCGAUCAAAUGUAUAGCAUUUUAAAAAGCAAAUUUGGCUUCAACAGUUUUCGGCAUCAUCAAAAACAAGCCAUUGUUGCAGCUUUGUUGAGCUACGAUUGUUUCAUUUUAAUGCCUACAGGAGCAGGAAAAAGUCUUUGCUAUCAGCUUCCAGCUGUUUUGUCACAGGGUGUAACAGUUGUGAUUUCUCCACUGAAGUCCCUCAUAGAAGAUCAGAAAAUGAAAAUGAGAGAACUGGAGAUUUCUUGUUACGCGUUAACAUCUGAAUUAAGUCAAGGUGAAUCAGAUCGAAUUUACGCCAUGCUGUGUGAAACUAAUCCGAAAAUAAAAUUACUUUACGUAACACCAGAAAAAAUAGCUGGCUCUGAGAAGCUGAUUAAUGUAUUCAUAUCUUUACAUCAACGAGGUUUUCUCACUCGAUUUGUUGUCGACGAAGCUCAUUGUGUGUCACAAUGGGGUCAUGACUUCAGGCCUGAUUACACGAAAUUGCAAUCUCUGAGAAAAAUGUUUACGAAUCCAUUGAUACCAAUUAUGGCUCUUACUGCCACUGCUACCCCAAAAAUUGUAACCGACACAAGAGUUCAUUUGGCGAUUCAAGCAAGCAAACUAUUUAUAAGUAGUUUCGUAAGAACAAACUUGAAAUAUGAUGUCAUCGCAAAGGGACCACGAUCAUUAAUUAAAGUAAUGGAUCGCAUGAAAAUUUUGUACCCAAGCAAAUCAGGAAUUGUCUAUUGUUUAUCAAGAAAAGAUUGCGAAUCAGUUUCAAAGAUGCUCGAAAACCAAGGUAUCUCUGUGGAGGUUUAUCAUGCAGGACUCAGUGAUAAGAAGCGGCUCGAUGUGCAGACAAAGUGGUUUAAUGGUCAAGUCAAUGUUAUUUGUGCAACUAUUGCGUUUGGCAUGGGAAUCGACAAACCAGAUGUGCGUUUUGUCAUCCAUUUCAGCAUGCCGAAAUCAAUCGAAGGAUAUUAUCAAGAAACGGGACGAGCUGGACGUGAUGGCUUAAAUUCAUACUGCGCAAUACUUUAUAGUUAUAAUGAUUCUGUAAGGAUUAGAAAAUUGAUUGAAGGUGAGAAUAAUACACAAGGAGUACGAACAAUGCAUCUAAAUAGCUUACUUGAGAUAGUGGCAUAUUGUGAAAAUGUUUCCAUCUGUCGGCGCAAGAUACUAGUUGAACAUUUCGGAGAGGUUUACGAUGCUGAAGCAUGUCGAACAAGUAAAUCCCCGUGCGAUGUUUGCUUUCAGCAAAUUAAAAACAAGGAUGCAUACAAAGUUUAUGAUGUCACGGAAGAAGCGAAACUUGUUGCACAGAGUAUGUUACAUAUGCAUAAUGUAACUUUAAAAUACCUCGCAGAUUUGUAUCGUGGUCAUAUGGGGCAGAAAAAGUUUGCUGAUAUGGCAUUACGGUUAGGUCAUACAAAGUUUUCAAUGUUUGGUCGAGGAUUAGGAAUGCCAGAAACAGAUGCCCUAAGAUUUGUAAGAAAAUUAGUAAUCGAUGGUAUUAUAAAGGAGCAACUUUACAAUACGAAAUUUGAUACCACUGUCGCUUAUGCAGAACUGACCGAUUUAGGUCGAGAAUUGGCCUGUGGGAGCAACAGAAUGAAGGUUUAUUUACACAUAGCAAAUCAACCAGACGACCGUCGUCGCUCUGGUAAAAUGGAAAUAGCAGCUUUAUUGUCAACGAAUAGUGUUAGUGAAGUACAGGCUCUAAAAGAAAAAUAUAUGGUGAAGCAUGCAGAUUUAUUUAGUCAGUGCAAACGAGAUCUCUUACGUUUGUUUUCUGAUAUCGCAACUUCUGAAGGUCAUAAAAAUCAUUUGCCUAUUAUUAACUCAGAAGGUAUUGAACAAAUAGCAGCACUAAUGCCGCGGACAUAUUCUGAUCUGUUGCAAAUUGAUGGUAUGACCGCACGAAAAGCUGAACGCUAUGGAGCUAAGAUUAUGUGCAUGUUGAAAGAAUACUGGAAUGAACUAGAUGUGCGCGAAGAGAAAGAAAUCAAUCAGCAGUUGAAUCAUAUGAACACAAACAAAGAUAUUGUUGGUGGUUUUAGGGAUAUACAAAUAGAUGGUGCAGUUGCUUCUUCUAUAGCAGCUGGAUCGCAAGUAGUUUUUGGUCGCGGUAAAUAUGUACCCUAUUUUGGAAGCCCAUCAAAUCGUGGACGCUUUACAAAUAUGCGUGGUAGAGUUCGCAAAAGAAGGGUAACUACUUCACAAACGUCUAGUUCUUCGAGGGGUUCUGCUCGUUCUGGUUGGAGAAAAAAUUCAACGCCUCGUGCAACAAAGGCAAGACUAAAUCAGUCGCUUUUUCCGAAUUUGUAA